AUGGCAAUCAAAAAGGGCAAGGAUCUGAAAAGGAUCAAGCAAGAAUCAGAUCCCAUUGAGCUCUUAAAGAGAACAGCAACUGCGAUUGACAAUAAUACCCAAGGCUAUGCUUCAGGUUUCCCCUUGAGUGGGUUCAAAACUCCUCACUUUGAUUCUAGGAAAUGGGCUGAAGUGGAAAGGAUUGGCUUCGGUGGCGAUAAGGAUUACCACUAUAGAAACCCUGGAGAAACUUUGGCAGAGAAUGAUUACUACGAUAUAUACUCAAACAAAUUUGAUCCAUACCCUGCGUGGAACCCAGCCGAAACCGUUCCGAUUACGAGGGAGGAUAUCGAAGCGGUGUUUUUGCAGUUGACUGCAAUAUUUGGUUUCCAAUUUGAUAACACCAGGAACAUGUUUGAUUACUUGAUGAGGUUGUUAGAUUCCAGGUCGUCACGGUUGGGGCCUGAACAUGCAUUGAGGUCCGUUCAUGCUGAUUAUGUUGGUGGAAUCAAUUCAAAUUUUCGGAAAUGGUACUUUGCUGCCCAAAUGGACUUGGAUGAUUUUGUUGGAUUCGAGAAUGUGAAAAAUGGCAAGAUCAAGGAUUCAAAUGAGCGUGUCCCCACUCUUGAGGUGGCUGAAGAGCAAUGGAUUGCAAAUAUGCAAGCACUUUCCCCCACGUAUGUUGUGAUACAAUUGGGUUUGUACUUGCUAAUUUGGGGCGAAGCAAACAAUAUUCGGUUUAUGCCAGAGUGCAUUUGCUUCAUCUUCAAGUGCUGUAAUGACUACUAUUUUUCCAUUGAUCCAGAUGUUCCAGUGGAGAGGGCCACGGUAAGCUUUUUGGAUCAUAUUAUCACUCCUUUGUACAAUUUCUACCGAGAUCAGUUGUACCGUCUUGUGGAUGGAAGAUAUCACAGACGCGACAAGGACCACAGUAGUGCAAUUGGAUACGAUGACAUGAAUCAGUUGUUUUGGCACAGUAAAGGGCUUGAGAGGUUGGUAUUGGCAGACAAGCAGAACAAAUUGAUGCAGCUUCCACCAAAAGAACGAUAUGGUCGGUUGAAUGAAGUGCAAUGGGACAAAGCGUUUUACAAAACGUUUAAAGAAAAGCGAAGCUGGUCGCAUGUUCUUACCAAUUUCCACAGGGUGUGGGUUAUUCAUUUGUCUGCGUUUUGGUACUAUUCAGUGUACAAUUCUCCCACAUUGUACACACGGAACUAUCAGGCUUCGGUGGAUAAUCUUCCAACAUACCAAACUCGAUUGUCAUUACUUUCCUUGGGUGGAUCUGUUGCAUUGAUAAUCAAUUUGCUCAGCCUCAUGUGUGAAUUAUCGUAUAUUCCUCGGAAAUGGCAUGGCGCUCAACCCGUUUUGGGUAGAAUGCUAGCUACCUUACUUUUCCUCAUGAUCAACACCGCACCUAGUAUCUAUUUACUUGGUUUUAGAGAUUUGGGAGAGAAUUCAAAGACUGGCUUGACGAUUGCUUCUAUUCAAUUCACGGUGUCUAUUUUCAUUGUUGGAUACCUAUCUGUUGUUCCAUUGGGGAAGGCUUUUGCAAGAACCCCCAGCUCCAACGAUCGCAAAUAUUUGCCGCAAGGAUCAUUUAUUGUCAACUUUUAUUUGCUUACAGAUACUGACAAAAUCGCUUCUCACAGUUUGUGGCUCGCUAUUUUCAUUUCCAAGUUUUUGGAAUCCUAUUUCUUCUUGACCCUCUCCAUGAGAGAUCCUAUUCGCGAGUUAAGCAUAAUGAAGCAUGUCACUUGCUCAGGAGAGACUUUGUUUGGCCUGUGGCUUUGUUCAAAACAACCUUAUAUUGUUUUGGGGCUUAUCUACUUGACAAAUUUAGUCUUGUUCAUAUUGGAUACGUAUCUUUGGUAUAUCAUUUGGAACACAUUGUUUUCGGUUUGUCGGUCAUUUUAUGUUGGUGUUUCGAUAUGGACACCUUGGCGAAACAUCUUCUCCAGGUUGCCGAAAAGGAUAUUUUCCAAGAUUAUAUCCGUAACCAACGAAAAGAGUUUGAAAUCUAAGUCUUUGAUAUCACAGGUGUGGAACUCAAUCAUUAUCUCCAUGUACAGAGAGCAUUUAAUUUCGUUGGAAAAUGUCCAAAAACUCAUUUACAAGCUGAUUGAAAACCCUGGCGCUGAAGGUGGAAUAAUAUUGAAAGAGCCAAUGUUCUUUGUCUCUCAAGAAGACCAAUCCGUCAAGUCGACUUUAUUUAGCAAGCAAUCGGAAGCACAACGCCGAAUCACGUUUUUUGCGCAGUCUUUGUCGACGCCCAUGCCUGAAGUUGGGCCAAUUCAUUUUAUGCCUUCUUUUUCAGUCUUGGUUCCUCAUUAUAGUGAAAAGAUUAUUCUAUCCUUGAGAGAAAUUAUAAGGGAGGAAGAACAGUACUCGCAUGUGACAAUGCUUGAGUAUUUGAAGCAAUUACAUCCCUUAGAGUGGAGUUGCUUUGUGAAGGAUACCAAGAUGCUUGCCGAAGAGUUUGAGUCUGAUUCAGCAUCAACAGAUGAUGCAAAGGAUAAACUUGAUGAUUUGCCAUACUACUCGGUCGGAUUCAAAGUUGCAACUCCCGAGUACAUUCUUCGUACUCGAAUUUGGGCUUCACUCCGUUCACAAACAUUGUACAGAACCAUCUCGGGUUUUAUGAAUUACGCAAGGGCCAUCAAGCUAUUAUUCGAUGUCGAAAAUCCAGAUAGCACUGUUUUUGGCGACGGUUCCGAGAAAACUGAACAUGCUGCUAUAAUGGCGCAUAGAAAAUUUAGAAUCAUUACUUCAAUGCAAAGGAUGAAAUACUUCACACCCGAAGAGAGAGAAAACACUGAUUUCUUGUUGAGAGCUUAUCCAGAGCUUCAAAUUUGUUAUCUUGACGAGGAAAUUGAUGAAAGAACGGGCGAAGUUACUUUUUACUCGGCGCUUAUUGACGGAAGCUGUUCCUUCAUGGAGAACGGAGACAGGGAACCCAAAUAUAGGGUGAGAUUAUCUGGUAAUCCCAUUUUGGGAGAUGGAAAAUCGGACAAUCAAAAUCACUCUUUGAUCUUUUGUCGUGGAGAAUAUAUACAGCUUGUUGAUGCCAAUCAGGAUAAUUAUUUAGAAGAGUGUCUUAAAAUUCGAAGUGUUUUGGCUGAGUUUGAGGAGCCCACUUUUCCCUUGGAUCCAUACACGAAUGAAUUGGAAGGAGCUAAGCUGGCUUACCCCGUAGCCAUUAUUGGAACUAGAGAAUACGUUUUUUCUGAAAACAUUGGAAUUCUUGGUGAUGUCGCUGCCGGAAAAGAGCAAACUUUUGGCACAUUAUUUGCUAGAACGCUUGCCCAUAUUGGUGGAAAGUUACACUAUGGUCAUCCCGAUUUUUUGAAUGCGAUUUUCAUGACCACCAGGGGUGGUGUGUCCAAAGCCCAAAAGGGAUUGCAUCUCAACGAAGACAUUUAUGCUGGCAUGAAUGUUCUUCUUCGUGGAGGGAGAAUUAAGCACUGCGAGUAUAUGCAAUGUGGCAAGGGAAGGGAUUUGGGAUUUGGGUCUAUUCUCAAUUUCACGACAAAAAUUGGUGCAGGAAUGGGUGAGCAAAUGUUGUCAAGAGAGUAUUUUUACUUGGGAACACAAUUGCCGAUUGAUAGGUUCUUGUCUUUCUACUAUGCACAUCCAGGUUUCCAUUUAAAUAAUGUGUUUAUCAUUCUUUCGAUUCAGUUGUUCUUAUUGGUGUCUGCAAACCUUGCCUCCUUGACCAGAGAGAGCACUAUAUGCGAGUACGACAGGCACCGACCAAUUACCGAUCCAAAGAGACCCGCUGGCUGUUACAACUUGAUGCCAGUAGUUCAAUGGUUACAAAGAUGUGUUGUGUCCAUUUUCAGCGUAUUCAUAAUAUCGUUUGUUCCAUUGGGAGUCCAAGAGCUUACAGAGAGAGGGUUUUACAAAGCCAUCACAAGACUCAGUAAGCAAUUUGCCUCAUUUUCCCCACUAUUUGAGGUAUUCAUUUGCAAGAUAUAUGGCCAUUCAUUAGUGAGUGAUAUAUCAGUUGGCGGGGCUCGAUAUCUUGCCACUGGGCGUGGAUUUGCAACUAUUCGAGUCUCAUUUGUGACACUUUAUUCCAGGUUCGCGGCAGAGAUCGGUGUUAAGAGUAAGAGGAUGAGCUUGAAUGAGGAAAUCAAAGUUGUUAGUGAAGUAAAGCCAUCAAGAAUCAAACUCAUGCUUACGGAGUCGGUAUUUCAGUUGUCUGUGAUACUAAUAAUUGGCUUGGCUUAUUUAUUUGCAAACUCACAGAAUGGUAAUCCAAGGGCAGUGCCGGUCAAUAGCAUCUUGAGAAUUGCAAUAGUCGCUUUUGGGCCCAUAUUCAUCAACUUUGUAAUACUAUUGGUAUUGUUCAUUAUCUCCAUUCUUUUUGGUCCCAUAUUCACUUUUUUUUGCAAAAAGCUUCCGUCCUUCCUUGCAGCGUUGGCGCAUUUCACGGCUGUUUUGAAUCACGUCUUCUUCUUUGAGGUGUUAUGGUUCCUACAAGGGUGGGACUUCCCCAAAACGGUGUUGGGAUUUACUUUAGCCACUUUAAUUCAGUGUUGGUUUUUACAAAUGACAACCAUCCUAUUUGUGUCUAAAGAGUUUCGUCAUGAUCGGUCUAACCGAUCUUGGUGGUCUGGGAAAUGGGCAACGGCGGGGUUAGGGUGGUACGUUAUUACACAACCAAUUAGAGAAUUUGUUUGCAAAACUGCAGAGAUGUCGUACUUUGUUGGUGAUUUAUUUGCAGCACAUGUUCUUUUGUAUUCCCAGAUUCCAAUUUUAUUGAUUCCAUAUGCAGACAAGUGGCACACUUUAAUGCUAUUCUGUGCAAUUGAAGCAAUUUAUCCAGACUCGGUGUGUAAGGAAGCUCCCCAAACUUAUACAUUCACCUCGCCCAAUCACGAAUCGAUCAGGAUUCAAAUUAAUUUCCCAACAAAUUAUCCUGAUGAAGCUCCGGAAUUGCUACUGCUUACAAAUGAGAACAAGCUGAUGUACACAGACACCGUUUACUUGGAGAAAGUAGUCCGGUCCAUGGUAACGAAAGCUUUUGCUCCGGGCCAAGUGUUGAUGUACGAGCUUCUAACUCAGUUACUGGAAUUUCUUGACGAAUACUCGGAAAAGCGCAUUGAAAGCACCACAAGGCGACAAACUACCGAAGUGAUAGAGAAGCCAGCCCUGAGGAACAUAUCACCUGCUGUGGAUGAAGCUCCAGAUUAUAAGGACCACACGAUCGAUUGGGUGAAGUCGGAUGUCAUAAGUGAUCGUCGCUCCACAUUUGUGGCUUUUGCAAAAGCGGUGGAAAGUUUGGAGGAUGCCAAAUUGUAUAUAGAUAGUCUCCUUCAAGACAGAAAAGUCUCAAAAGCGGCCCACAAUAUCUCAAGUUGGAGAAUCAAAACAAAGGAGAACGUAAGGUAUCAGGAUUUUGACGACGAUGGGGAAACAGCUGCUGGUGGAAGGGUACUACAUUUACUCCAAAUGAUGGAUGUAUGGAACGUGGUCGUUGUUGUUAGUCGAUAUUUUGGGGGUGUGCAUUUGGGACCAGACAGAUUUAAACACAUUAAUGCGGUUGCCAGGGAUGCUGUAACCAAAGCAGGGUUUUUAGAAGCUCAUCAUGCAGAGGAUGCAGGAAAUAAGUCUAAAAGAAAGUAG